UGCUGGAAUCCGGCUUGACAGCUGUCACAGUGUUUAUUUUUCCGUGGGAUUUUUGACCCAUUUUUCACACUGAAAAAUUACGUAUUUUUCCAGGAUUUUCCACUAAAGCUUGUCAUCGGAAAGAUUCACUAAGAUGCCCUCUUCCGAAUGGGAUGACCUGAGGAAACUCGCCAGACGAUUGGAGAAUGAUAUUGACUUGAAGCUGGUGGCUUUUAGUAAAGUGGGAUCGGGUGGAAGUACUUCCACUAGCUCGGAUUCGGCUCCUCUUCUCGGUGAACAUAUCUUUGACAAUCUUUCUAUGGAAAUCGAACAAAUGCUGGACAGGCUCUCUACCAUCAAUGAUAAAAUGGCAGAACUUCCAUCUAGUGGCACUUCCAUGAUGAUUCAUACGCUGCAGAGACACAGGGAGAUCUUGAAUGGCUACCGGCAGGAAUUCAGCAAGAUCCGUGCUAAUCAUACCACGAGAAUAGAACGAGAGGAACUUCUGAGAGGUUCUGGAAUUGGCAAUUCCUCAUCUUCCAUCUCAAGUGGGGGGCUCAGUAGGCGGGAUAUGUAUCUCAAGGAGAGUUCCCACCUCAAUUCCUCCCACAGUCUCAUCAAUGAUCAGAUCAAUAUUGCGAUUGAGACGAAGGAGCACUUAACGUCCCAGAGGCAGUAUUUCAAGCGUCUUCAGACUCGCUUCAACGACAUUUCCAAUCGCUUUCCCAUGAUAUCGAG